AUGCCAGCCAAACCUGCACCUAUCAAGAAAUCUGCAAAAAUGGCUGCCUCAAAGGCGGAGGAGAAACCAGCUGAACCAGCACCUGAAGCUGCACCUGAACCUGCCCCUGAGGCUGCCCCCGAGGCUGCUCCUGCCCCAGAAGCAGCUGAAGCGGCCCCUGCUGAAGCAGCGCCCGCCGAACCUGCUCCGCCCGCAGAGCCUGCGCCACCUGCAGAGGCUGCCCCAGCUGAGCCUGCCCCUGUGGAGGAGCCCCCCAAACCCCCAACACCUCCCCCUCCUGCAGUCCCUACAAGCGCACCCCUGAACCUUGCCGUGGAAGAUGUAAACGACACUUCAGUCACCAUCAAAUGGAGACCCCCAGAGGUCAUCGGAGAUUCUGGGCUGGAUGGUUACACGGUCGAGUACUGCAAAGAAGGAGCUGCUGAUUGGGUUGUGGCCAAUGCUGAGCUGACCCCGGCCAAUCGCUUUGUAAUUAAGGAGCUGACCACAGGUGACCUGCUGAAUAUCCGUGUGGUGGCAGUGAACGCCGGCGGUCCCAGUGAGCCCGCUGUGCUGGCCGAACCUGUACCGAUUCGUGAGAUUGUAGAUCGUCCUAAGAUCCGUAUGCCCCGUUUCCUGAGAACACGGUACGUCAAGCAAGUCGGAGAACAGAUCAACCUGGUCAUCCCCUUCUGUGGCAAGCCCAAACCUGUGGUGUCCUGGACUAAGGACAGCCAGCCCUUGGAUCCAAAGAAGGUCAAUAUUCGCAAUAGCGACAAGGACAGCAUCCUGUUUAUCCGUAAAGCGGAAAGAGAUGACUCUGGAAACUAUGAGAUGACCGUGAAGGUUGACAGCUUUGAGGACAAAGCCACCCUUGUCAUCCAGAUUGUGGAGCUUCCUGGUCCACCAGCCAGUGUGAAACUGGUGGAUGUUUGGGGCUUUAACGCUGCUCUGGAAUGGACCCCACCCAAAGACAACGGCAACACUGAGAUUACAGGAUAUACCAUCCAGAAAGCUGACAAAAAGACUGGGGAGUGGUUCACUGUCCUGGACCACUACCACAGGCUAAAUGCCACUGUCUCUGAUCUCAUCAUGGGCAACUCCUACACAUUCAGAGUCUUCUCCGAAAACAAGGUGGGGAUCAGUGAGAACGCUGCUGUCACUAAGGAGGUGGCCACCAUUCAGAAAACAGGAAUCGUGUAUAAACCACCUGAGUACAAGGAGCAUGACUUCAGUGAAGCACCCAAGUUCACAACCCAACUCAGUGACAGAUCUGCCACCGUGGGUUACACCACCAAACUUCUGUGUUCUGUGCGGGGAAGCCCUAAGCCAAAGGUCGAAUGGCUGAAAAACCAGAUGGUUAUUGGAGAUGACCCCAAAUUCAGACAGAUCAGUAACCAGGGAGUGUGUUGCCUGGAGAUUCGCAAACCAUGCAGCUUCGAUGGUGGUGUGUACACCUGCAGGGCAAAGAAUGCCCAUGGAGAGGCUGUCGUGGCCUGUAAACUGGAAGUUAAGCAGGUGGUUGUUCCAGAAGAGAAGGAGAAGAAGUAA